AUGGAUGCCGAUGCCCGCGCUAGUGCGGCGGCCGCCGAGGCGCAGUGGAAUGAUACAGGGGACAUCCAAGUAGGUAUGGAUGAGAUUGGCGGCCCGUUUGAGGGCCCUGAGAAGCUCCUUGAGCUGUGGUUUGCAGAAAGUGUCGAGAUGUUGCCCGAGUGUCAGCGUGCGAUGGCGGAGCGUGGCUCGCGACUUGGUGGACGACUUGGACUUCGCCGUGUGCCGCGGAGCACAUGGGAAAGUAUGCUAGACAUGGUCAAGUGCAAGACGCUGAGCGUCGAGACGAGCGACGAAGUGGAUGCGUACCUGCUGAGUGAGUCGUCCAUGUUUGUAUACCCGCACAAGCUUAUACUCAAGACCUGCGGUACCACGACGCUGCUCCUGGGCCUGGACCGAUUACUGCGGAUUGCCAAGGCCACGCUCUUUGACGAAGAGUCGCUCUCCCUGCAGGCCAGCAGUGUGUCCAGUGCGAUGCUUUCGUCGGCCAUAGGUGGCCAUGUCGAUACCAAGUUGCUGGGCUCACACGUGAAACGGUGCUUUUACAGCCGCAAGAGCUUCAUGUUCCCUGAGAAGCAAAAAGGGCCGCAUCGCGAUUGGGAGCUCGAGACGGAGUUCCUCGAUCGGUACUUUGACCAUGGCGCAGCGUAUACCGUUGGCAAAAUGAAUGGUGACUACUGGAUGCUGUAUAUGGCGCAGAGUGAAGUGUUGGAGGCGGAUAUGUCGAUCACGAAACCGCCUCGCGGCGUAUCGACGGCCGCUGACUCGACGCUGGAGAUCCUCAUGACUGAUCUCUCGAAGCGUGUACGUGACCAAUUCUACUUUGAUAAGGAGAGCGACUCCAACCUGCUGCAAGCACACGAGCUGGGAGCGCGUGUGUCGCAAUCAAUGCAGCUCGAUACACUUUUUGCACGUACGCAGUUGGAUGCGUUUGCGUUUGAGCCGUGUGGGUACUCGGCCAACGCGCUGAUCCCUGCGUCGCCAGGACAUUCGGACGGCUACUGGACGAUCCACGUGACGCCGGAGGCAGGGAGCAGCUACGCGUCAUUCGAGACGAAUGUCACAAUGGACAGCGAAGGCUCGAUUGACGAGGCCUUCCCCCAUGUGUCGAAUUUGCAGGCAUUGGUGCACCGUGUGGUGAAGACGUUUGAGCCUGGCAGCUUUAUCAUGACGCUCUUUGUUACCAGCGAGGAUGCUAAUAGCGCUGCGGCGUUGCGCUCGCUGGACCUGCCUGGGUAUACGAAGCGGGAUCGGAUUUUGUACGAAUUUGAGGGCUAUGAUCUGCUCUUCCUCUCGUUUCAACAGUGUCGGUAG